AAAAAAUGGCGGCUACCCGUAGCAGUGAGUUUGGUGACUUGGUUCAAAUAAAAAAGCAACUUAUUUCCAUCAUAGCACAAUGCAAGGAGAGAGGACUCGUCCACAGCGUGAAAUGGGCAUCUGAAUUGGCAUUUUCUUUAGACCCUCUUCCUCUGAAUGAGAUCCCUCCACAACCUGACCUAACCGAAGAGGAUGCUCAGGAUUUGGAUGCUCUUUGUUUGGCCAAAUCAUAUUUUGAUUUGAAGGAAUAUGAUAGAGCCGCGUAUUUUCUCCGUGGCUGCCGGAGUCAGAAAGCAUAUUUUCUGUAUAUGUAUUCACGCUACCUGUCAGGGGAAAAGAAGAAAGAUGACGAAACAGUGGACAGUCUUGGUCCUUUGGAAAAGGGUCAGGUCCGAAAUGAAGCCUUGCGGGAACUGCGAGUGGAGUUGAGCAAGAAGCACAGUGCAGGGGAGCUGGAUGGAUUUGCACUUUAUCUUUAUGGUGUAGUUCUACGGAAACUAGAUUUGCUGAAGGAGGCGGUGGAGAUCUUCGUAGCCGCGACACACGCUCUCCCUAUGCACUGGGGAUCGUGGCUGGAGCUUUGCAACCUCAUCACCAAUAUUGAAAUGCUGAAGUCCUUGUCUCUGCCAGACUGCUGGGUGAAGGAUUUCUUCAUGGCACACAUGUACACUGAACUCCAGAUGAUCAAAGAGGCACUCCAGAAAUAUCAGACUCUUAUGGAGGCGGGGUUUGGCAAGAGCACCUACAUCAUUUCACAGAUCGCUGUGGCUUACCACAACAUACGAGAUAUUGAUCAAGCAUUAUAUCUGUUUAACAAACUGCGGGACCAGGAUCCGUUCCGCAUCGAGAACAUGGACACCUUCUCCAACCUCCUCUAUGUUCGGACCAUGAAGCCUGAGCUCAGCUACUUGGCCCAUAAUCUGGUGGAGAUCGAUAAAUACAAAGUAGAGACCUGCUGUGUCAUAGGUAAUUACUAUAGCUUGCGGGCGCAGCAUGAAAAGGCUGCCUUGUAUUUCCAGCGUGCACUGAAGCUGAAUCCACGCUGUCUGGGUGCCUGGACCCUCAUGGGUCACGAGUACAUGGAGAUGAAAAACACAUCCGCUGCCAUUCAGGCUUACAGACAUGCGAUUGAAGUGAACAAAAGAGACUACCGUGCAUGGUACGGACUCGGUCAGACCUACGAGAUCCUAAAAAUGCCUUUCUACUCGCUUUACUACUACAGGAAAGCCCAUCAACUCAGGCCAAAUGACUCCCGAAUGCUUGUGGCUCUUGGUGAAUGUUAUGAGAAACUGUCUCAGCAGGUCGAGGCCAAGAAGUGUUACUGGAGAGCAUAUUCUGUUGGGGAUGUGGAAAGAAUGGCUCUUUUGAAGCUGGCGAAGCUUCACGAGCAACUGACUGAAUCUGCCGAAGCUGCACAAUGCUACAUUAUUUACAUCCAGGAUAUUUUCUCAAGUGGAGAGCAGUUGCAGCACGCUGAAGUGAGCACGGCGCUAAGAUACCUUGGCCAAUACUACUUCAAAAACAAACUCUACGAUGAAGCUUCCCUCUGUGCUCAGCGCUGCUGUGACUACAACGAUGCACGUGAGGAAGGCAAGGCAUUGUUGCGACAGAUCUCCGCUGUACGAGAACAAGGAGAGCCUUCUUCUACAGACCUGACCUUACCCUGCGUCUUUAACCCGCUGUCCAACAACACGACUCCAGUCAGGAGAGUUUCUCCAUUAGAUCUGUCUUCUGUUACACCUUAACACGUGUGAAUUAAGGAUCACAUUUGUCCAGACAUUCUGCAUACUAAAAUUUUUGAACAUUAAACGUGGAUGUCUGCGUUCAGAUAUGAAAGCUCUUCAUGGAAAAUGUAAAUAACUUUUGUAUAGACAACCGUACACAUUAUACUAAAUAAAACCAAACUGAAGC